ACCUCAAGUCAGCCUCUUCACACCCAGCUCUUGCCUCUAAGUGGCCUCUCCAGGAGCAAAACUUCCUCAAGUCGGCCUCUCCAGGCCCAGCCUCCUGCUUCCCGAGGGCAUGUACAGGCCCAGCCUCUGCCUCACAGCAGACUCUCCACGCCCAGCUCUUCCCUGUCUGCUGCCUCUCCAGUCCAAAGCUGCUCCUGCCUUUCGGCAACUUGUACAGGCCCAGCUCCUCCCUCACGGUGGCCUCUUUUUGCCCAACUCAUGCCUCUUGCAACCUGCCCAAGUGUCAGCUCCUGCCUCACACUGGCCUGUUGAGGCCCAGCUCAUGCCUCUCGUGGCCCCAACGGGCCCAGCCCCUGCCUGUCGGCAGCCUCUACAGGCCCGGCCUCUACCUCACAGUGGGCUCUCCAGGCCCACCCCUUUCUCACCGUGGCCUCCUGGGGCAAUGCUCCCCGCUCUCGGGAGCCUCUGCGGGCCUAGCUCCUGCCUCCCAGUGGCCUCUGUAGGCCAAGCCCGUGCCUCAGGGCAGCCUCUCCAGGCCUAGCAUUUGCUGCUUUGCAUCCUCUCCAGGCUCUGGACUUCCUCCAGUCGGCCUCUCCAGACCCACUUGUAGCCUCCCGGCGUAUUCUCCAGGCCCAGCUCUUCCUCCCGGCUGCGUCUCCAUGCCUGACUGCUGCCUCCCAAAAACCUCUUUGGACUCAGCGCCUGCCCAUCUCGUGGCGGCCUUGGUCGGCCCAGAGCUUCCUCAAGCCAAGCUCCCCAGGCCCAGGUCAGGCCUCACGGUGGCCUCUCCAGGAUCAGCUCCUGCCCUCCGAUGGCGUCUCCAGGCCCCAAAUGGUCUCCGGUGGGUGGGCUCCUCCACGCCCAGCUUGGGCCUCCCGGCGACCUCUGCAGGCCCAAGUCGUCCUGAAGUCGGCGUCUCCCGGCCCUGCCUCCCAGCAAGUAAGCAAGCUCUUUUGGCUCAACUCCUGCACAGCUCCCAGCCGCCUUUGUAGGCCCCGAACUUUCUCGAGCCAAGCUCUUCGGGCCCACCUACUGCCUCUCGGUGGCCUGUACAGGCCCAGCUCUGGCUGUAGAACAGCCUCUGCAGGUCCCGCUCUUGCCUCCCAGGGGCCUCUCCAGGCCCAUCUCUCGCCCCCACGGCGGCCUCCCGGGGCCAAGUCCCUGCCUGCCUCCCGGCAGCCCGCGUGCGGCCCAGCUCCUCCCUCACGGUGGCCUGUUGAUGCCCACCCUCCCACGCUGAGAGAGGUCCGCAUGAGCCCCUUGCCUCACACUGGCCCCUCCCACGCUGACAGAGGUCGGUGUGAGCCCUUUGCCUCACACCGGCCCCUCCCACGCUGAGAGAGGUCAGCGUGAGCCCCUGCCUCAACAGGCCACCAUGAGGGAGGAGCAGGGCCGCACGCAGGCUGCUGGGAGCAGGCAGGGACUUGGCCCCGGGAGGCCGCGGUGGGGCGAGAGCUAGGCCUGGAGACGCCCCUGGGAGGCAACAGCGGGGCCUGCAGACGCUCUUCUGCUGCCAGAGCUGGGACUGUACAGGCCACUGGGAGGCAGGAUGUGGGCCUGAAGAGCUUGGCCGCAGAAACUUCGGGGUCUACAAACGCCGGCAGGAGCUGAGCUAAAAGAGCUUGCUUGCUGAGAGGCAGGAGGUGGGCCGGGAGAUGCAGCCAGGAGGAACAGCUGGGCCUGCAGAGGCCGCCAUGCGGGAGGCAGAGGCCAGGCCUCCUCAAGUCGGCCUCUCCAGACCCACUUGCAGCCUCCCGGCGUCCUCUCCGGGCCCAGCUCUUCCUCCCGGCUGCGUCUCCAUGCCCGACUCCGGCCUCCCAACAACGUCUUUGGACUCAGCUCCCGCCCAGCUCCCAGUGGCCCUGGUAGGCCCACAACUUCCUGAAGCCAAGCUCCCCAGGCCCAGGUCAGGCCUCACGGUGGCCUCGCCAGGCUCAGCUCCUGCCCUCCGACGGCAGCUCCAGGCCCCAAACGGCCUCCGGUCGGUGGGCUCCUCUAGGCCCAGCUUGGGCCUCCCGGCGGCCUCUGCAGGCCUAAAUUGUCCUGAAGUCGGCCUCUCCAGGCCCAGCUCCAGCCUCCCGGCGGCCUCUGCAGGCCUAAGUCAUCCUCACGUCGGCCUGGAAGUGGGCCUGGAAGAGCUGCAAGUUGGCCUCCCCGGGCCCAGCUCCGUCCUCUCAGCGGCCUCUCCAGGUGCAAAACUUCCUCGAGUCAGCCUCUCCAGGCCCAGCUUCUCCUGCCUCCCAGUGGCCUCUUUCGGCCCAGCCCAGCUCAUGGCUCUCAGCGGCCUUCCCAGGCCCCGCUUUUGACUUUUGGUGGCCUCUUCAGGUCCAGAACUUGACCUCCAGUCGGCCUUUGCAGGCCCGGCUUCCUGCCUCUCGAAGGCCUGCACGGGCCCAGCCUCGGCCUCACAGUGGACUCUCCACGCCCAGCUAGCUCUCGCCUCACUGCGGCCUCCCCAGUCCAAAGCUCCUGCCUUUCGGCCGCUUUGGCAGGCCCAGCUCCUGCCUGCCAGUGGCCUCUUUAGGCCCAGCUCAUUCCUCACAACGGGCUUUCCAGGCCCCGUUUUUCCCUUCCGGCAGCCUCUUGGCCUCUAAUUUGUUUAUCUUUUGUGUAUAAAUCCCAAAAUAUGGAAUGUUGGAAUAUUUCUACCAUUAUAUAAAUAUUUUCGAAGGUAA